AUGAAACGUGGUCUUUUAAGCAAACUGCUUGGAGGUGGUUCUAGUGACCUAUCCCGUACUAAAACUUCAAAUUUAGCACCAUCUGAACGUUCAAAAAUUCGAGAUUUGUUAAAAAAUCCAAUUGUCAUCAGCUUAUUGAGUGCAGCUGUUGGAGUACUCGUUCAAAAAAUGUUAAGUUCACGAAAUAUGGACAAAGCUAGUGUAUGUGAAAAUAAUUAUGUAAAGAUGGCAACAAUGGCUAUGCAUGCCAAUCCACAAUUAAAACAGUUAUUGGAAAUAUUAGGAUGUGCAGGUAGUAGCAAGGGAAAAUAUGAUAAAAAACCGACAACAACCCCAACAGAUAAUGAUGAAUCAGAAACGGCGGAUGAUGAUGAUGAGAAUAGUGAGAAAACGUUAAACAAUAGUCAUCAGGAAAAAACUAGUAAACUUCACGGAAUUAUGAGUGUAUUCAAAGGUCAACCUGGUUCAAAACGGAAAUUUCUGAAAGGUCUAUUUGGUUCCAGCAGUAAAAAUAAGGAGAUAAAAGCUGGUGUAAAAUUACCACAAAGUAAUUAUAAAUUAGAUAAAUCGGAUGCCGAUGCAUUGAAGAAUUUGGAAAAUGAAUUAGAUCAAUAUAAUAAUAAAAUUCAACAGAAUUCACCAUAA